GGUUCUGGACUUUGGGGAGAGGCAGUUGCGGAAGGCGAUUUUUGCGGUGAGGAAGGAGGACGCGCCGCGUUCCCCGGAAAUGAGUGAGGCUGGUGGGGUGGGGGCUGCGACGGCGCCGGCGUCGGCGGGACCGGCGGUGGUGUUGGCUGCCUCGCUGGGAGGAGGCUGGGGGGCGGCGGCGCCGCCCAGACCGAGCACGGGUGAGGACCGCAUGAACAUCGCCCAGCCCACGGCUGCCAAGACACCGCAACCGCGCCCGGGCGAGCGGUUCGGGCUUCCGAGCAACCCGCGCGGUAGUUAGGAACUCGGGGCGUCUGGCCAAAGAAGUGUGGAUGCCGGCACGACGGCAAAAGUGGAUCCAAGGGAGAGCAGGGGAAACCGGUCACCGGCACUAGCGGCCGGGUCUGGUCUGCCGCACAGCGCCGCCAUCAGCGCCGGCGGAAGGAUCACUGCCUCCACCCCGAGAACUUUGUUGUCGGCACAAUCCCCUUCUUUUGGCAAGACGCCCAUGAGUAGCACAGCAGACCGGGUCAACCAUGCCGAUGCCCAAAAAGAGAAGUACCCCGUCCGGGGAGCUUACCACCGAACGCAAAGGCUGAGCGACGACCUCCGGCACGACCCCCGAGACAGGGAGCCACGGACCCCCGCCGACAAACAUGUGUUUGAGGACGUGCCGAUGAGCCCACCGGGCGUUAUCAGUCUGUCCAGCAACCAUCAUGGAUCGCUGAUGCCAGAACAUCAGGCAGCGAGCCAGAAGGA